AUGCCUCCUCGGCGCAAAGUCGUCGACGACGAGCAGGAGUCGGCCGCAGAAGCACCUCGGACAGACAGCAAGAAACGCAAGCCGCGCGCACGUAGUCCUACCAAAGAGCUUGCAAGUCGCCCGAACCCCCGGAGCAGGAAACGUGUGAAGACGGACGUGGAGUUAGAAGAAAAGGUCUCGACCACAGUGACUGCGAAGUCAAACGGCACAGUAGAAAUCGACGAGGAAGCCGAUAUCACGAUCGAGGCCACCGAGACACCGUCCACGACCAGCACCAGCAUCCGCAAGCGCAAGACCAAGGCGAAGGCCCCGGCUGCAGAGGCAAACCUGGACGCAGAGCAGGGAGGAGAGGACGACGAGGCGGCCGCCGUCACACCCAAGCCCAAACGCAAGCGCAAAACCAAGGAAGAAAAGGAAGCCGAAGCCAUGCCUCUCGCGGCCCGCACCGUGGGCCUGAAAAUGUACGUGGGCGCGCACACGAGCAUAGCCAAGGGCGUCGAGAACGCGAUCACCAAUUGCGUGCACAUAGGCGGCAACGCGUUCGCGUGCUUCUUGAAGUCGCAGCGCAAGUGGGAAAACCCGGCGCUGAAGGACGAGAACAGGGACGCAUUCCGCAAGGCGCUGCUCGAGCACAAGUACGACGGCAUGCAGCAUAUCGUGCCUCACGGAUCGUACCUCGUCAACUUGGCGACCGAGGACAAAAAUGCCGCGAAGCAGUCGUACGCGGCGUUCAUUGACGAUCUGCAUCGGUGCGAGGCCCUGGGUAUUCGAUACUACAACUUCCACCCUGGGGGCGCGGGACAAAGCCCUCUCGGCGACGCCAUCACGCGGCUGGCCGACAACCUCAACCGCGCGUUGGCCGAGACCAAGACCGUCGUGCCUCUACUGGAGAACAUGGCGGGCCACGGGACGUUGAUCGGCAACCGCUUCUCCGACCUGCGAGACGUGAUCGCGCAGAUCAAGCCGGAGUUCAAGUCACGCAUCGGCGUGUGCAUAGACACGUGCCACGCCUUUGCCGCGGGCUACGAUCUGCGUUCGCCAGAGGCGUUCCAGAAGACGAUAGACGAGUUCGACCAGACGGUCGGCAUCGGAUACCUCAAAGCUCUACAUCUGAAUGACUCGAAAAUGCCACUCAACAGCCAUCGAGACCUGCAUCAGAACAUCGGCCUGGGGUUUCUGGGUCUGGGCGCGUUCCACAACGUCAUGAACGAGCCGCGGUUCCAGGGGCUGCCGCUCAUCCUCGAGACGCCCUGUGAGAAGCCGGACCCGGAUGAUCCCAAGGGCAAGAAAAUGAUUGAAGACAAGAAUAUUUGGGCUACGGAGAUCAAGCUGCUCGAGAGUCUGAUUGGGAUGGACACCAAGGGCGGCGAGUUCCGGCGGCUAGAAGCCGAGUUGGCUGAACGAGGCAGGGAAGAGAGGGAGAAGAUGCAGGCGCAGUUUGAAAGGAUCGCAAAGGAGAAGGCCGACAAGGAACGCCGGAGGCUCGAGAAAGAGCGGAAGGCCCUCGCAAAGGAGAAGGGAAAGGGGCAGAAGAGCUUGAAAGACAUGUUCGCGGCGAAGGAGGGUGUCACGGGGAAGAACACGAAGCAGAACAAAGGGAAGCGGGAGAAAAGUCCAGCAAAGGCGACGAAUGGGAUAGGCGACCUGAGUGACUCAGAGAUGUCUGAGCUGAGCGACUCCCCAGACUCGCCAUUGACUGACAUAAGCGACUUGAGCGACGAAGAGAACCGACAGUGA